UUCACCUACAGCAUGUAACUACCGAAAGGAGCCCGCAAAGCACAUCCCACCUGUCAAACCGGUGUUGGGCGCCCCCUGCUGGAAGGCCGUUCUUCAUAAUAUGUGGACCCGGCGCCUGAGCUCGGCACUGGAGGAUUGGCGGCCGCCCCCUGUGGGUCGAUUUGGAGGGGCUGCUCAGGUGCCACUCGUCUGUACUGGAGACUCUGAGGCCGCAGGGGAACUCAAGAGGAAAGCGGUAACAUGGCUGCCAGUUUAUAUGUGAGCUGGGCGCUGAUUGGCUGCUGGGCGCUACUGAUGACGCCAUCGGAGGCAGCCGAAUGGAUCGACCUCAGCUACACGUUUGACAGGACUACUCAGUACUGGCCCGGAUUUUUGCCGUUUAAUCUGAGUGUCGUCUUCAAGGGACAAAAGGACACAUUUUGGCUGGAAACGCACAAUUUCGAGGCCUCGGAACACGGCGGAACCCAUAUGGAUGCCCCGUCCCACUUCUGGAAAGGAGGCUGGACUCUGGACCAAAUUCCUGCCGAUCGGUUUGUCGCUCACGCGGCUCUGAUCGACAUCGAAGCCCGCAGUCAAAAGGACCCCGACUCAAUUCUGACUCCGGACGACCUGGAUGAAUGGAAGAGCCAAUACGGGAGCUUCAAACACCCGACCAUUCUGCUGGUGCGAACUGGAAACGCCAAGUACUGGACGGACAGGGCGCGGUACUUCGGCUACGAGAACGACACAGUCGUGGAUACUGAGUCAAACGAGAUUCAAACUCCGACUUUCCACUUUCCAGGAAUCGGCGCCGAGGCUGCCCGGCUGCUGGCCGAUGACCCGGCCGUUGUCGGUGUCGGCAUCGACACCCCGUCCAUCGACCCGGGCAACUCCAAGACGUUCCCGACGCACGUGACACUAUUCUCCGCCAACAAGUUUGGUCUGGAGCACGUGGGAGACAUGAGUCGAGUGCCCGCCACCGGGGCCACGAUCCUGGCGCUUCCGAUGAAGAUCGGCGGCGGCAGCGGCGGCCCGUGCCGCGUGCUGGUCCGCCUGCCCUGAUCGGCGAUCACUGUGGCCAUCAGUGAUCAUAUGAUCAAAUGAUCACCAUGACCUGUCUAUGACUACACGUAAAUACUACAGUACAGAUCGUUAUGUGUGAAUGAUAUGAAAAAAAGAUAUGAGCGCUUCGACCCAAUGAUUGUGCUUGUUAUGUAGUCAGUCUUUAUACCAAUAGCUCAAUGUCAUCUAUACGUAUACUAGUGGCCAAAAGUUUUUGAUAGAUAUUCUUGAAUGGCCACGGAUCACUGAUGUGCAACAAUGGAGACACAUGAUUCCGUGAUGGGUAAUAACAAAAAGAAAAAAUCGUGGAAAACUGUGCAUCAAAACGAGAGAAUGUUGUGCUCGCCUGUUUUGCCAACCAAUAAAUAAUAUGUUGUUGCAACAAUUUCAUAUGAUUUU